UGGGUAUGCGACAAACUAACUUGGUCGCGUUUGUGCCUAUGAUUUUCAUUUUUGACGAGGUGUUCUAGCUCAUUUAUUUUGCGAUAAUUUCGAUUUUCGAUGCAAUAAUCUUUGCAUCUUUAGAGGGGAUAGUUUUGUAAAUUGUAAAGCACCAUUGGCAUCUUUUGCAACAUAACGUGCGGAGCUAUAAGCUUGCAACAAUCCCUAUUUAAACAGGGCUAUUGAACCCUUGGAUUGAAAAACGCGGACUUGGUGCAUAAUAAAACAAAUAAAAUGUCAAUAUUUUGCGGGUGGUUUGAUGGGAGUCGAUAGUCUUUAAAUUUUGGAAACAAAAAUUGAAGGCUUCAUCGACUGGUAUUUCAUUUUAUACCUGUAUAUGUAUCUGUAUCUGUAAUUCUGUACCUAUAAACUAAAGUCUGGUGUGCGGUGCCAGUGUGCUGCGGUCCUAGCCUGUAUGUUGUAUGAUAGGUAGUGACUAAAGAAAGGAUUAAGGAAGCAAACUGUCCAGGAUCUUUAACUUCUAGGUUUUUUACAGUUUAGCACAUAGGUGCAACUACAAUGCAAUUGCAUUGCAAUGUGAAAUAAUCAGGGAUCUGGCUGCUCUGGCAAUAAGGAUGGCCAUCCCAGUUGACAAGAUUAAUGUUCAAACUUUGAGACCUGUAACUGAGGACAGUUCAAACAAGCAAAUCUCUUGCUUAGUGUCCUUUGAGACGGCGUCCUCCGCCACUCAGCCUCCUCCUCCGCCCGUGCACAUCCGCGGCCACCGUCUGGACGCGUCCAUAGACCAGCUGCGCCGACUGCGGGACCAGCUGGCGGCGCUGGCCGGCGGACAGUAGCGCCGACCAUGCCGAGCCACCGCCACCGGCGCCACCACUGGACGGCGCGGCCGCCCGCCGACCUCCCGGAGGCCGUCCGCACCCAGGUAGAGGCACUCUUUGGGAAGCGGUUUGACUUCGAGCGGCCUCCCGAUGGCUGGCGGCUGCCGGAUGGAGCAGAGCUGUUCCCCGACCAGGAAUGGCAGGUGACAGAGCUGCAGACGAUGAAGCGCGAGCUGAACGCCGUCAAGUCCCUUCUCAGCGACAAGGACAUCGUGGCGUGGCACGAGCACACGUGUGCCACCAACCGCGCCGGUCUCGUGGUGGCCAGCGUGAAGCGUCAGAUCCGGCCCGAGAUGGGUACUCAGGCGUGGUGCAAGUUUUAUGAGCUGCUCAGCCUGUGCUCGGUGCUGCCGUCCGUCUGUGAAUCGGGCGCCGCGCCGCUCCGUUCGCUGCACCUCUGCGAGGCUCCCGGGGCCUUCGUCACCGCGCUGAACCACUACUGCGUGCUGAAUGGAGUCCAGGAGUGGGAGUGGCGUGCCACCACUCUGAACCCGUACUACGAGGGUAACGCGCUGAGCCGGAUGAUCUCUGACGACCGGUUCAUCCUACCAACUCUGGACCGGUGGGAGUUCGGUGCCGACGACACGGGGGACCUGCUGGUACCGGCCAACGCUGAGCGGCUGGUGGCCAGCGCCGGGCCCGGGGUUAACCUGGUCACGGCUGACGGCAGUGUGGACUGUCAGGGCCAGCCGGCGGAACAGGAGAGCGUCGUUUCGGACCUCCACACGUGUGAGGUGCUGUGUGCGCUGCGCACUCUCCAGCCCGGCGGCACCCUGGUCAUCAAGAUGUUCACCUUCUUCGAGGCGUCCUCUGUCUGCCUGCUCUACGUGCUGAACUGCUGCUUCGACGAGGUAUCUGUCGUGAAGCCGUCCUGCAGCAAGGCCGGCAACUCUGAGGUGUAUGUGGUGUGUCGGCGCCGGCUGACGGACGGACCGCCGGCCCAACUGCUGACCACCUGGUGGCGCCACUACAGCAGCGGUGACGGGCAGCGCCGGCCGCUGCUAGCCAGGGAGCAUGUACCCGACUCGUUCAUACAGCAGAUCGUCAGCUGUGCCCGUCUGUUCAAGUCGCUGCAGGAAGCUGAGAUCCGCCGUAACCUGCGUCUGUUCGCUGCGUCCGAGGACGACUCUGGCGUGUGGCAGGAGCUGGAGAUGGUUCGCCGCGCCGCCGUGGCAGAGUAUGUGCGCCGCUGUCGGCUGACGCCAAUAGACAAACAUCUGCGGCUCACUCAUCCGCUCGACACGCGGCUCUACACGGUAUUCCAGGUGGAGAACAAGUCCGGCGCCGGUACGUACGAGCAGCGCACGGGCUCGCGCUCCGCCGCCGACCGGCUGCGCUCGCUCGGUGAGCAGCUGGCCGCGCUGCCGGUGCCGGAGCCUCCUACUGAGCCCGUCCUGUGGCGUCCGUCCGCGCCCGGCACCACCGACCCCUCGCUCGUCACCACCGGUCGGCUGCCGGCGCGUCUACUCGCCUCCAAGUUCUGCUGUCUGCACCAGGUGCGACUGCUGGUCGGCGCACUGGAGGCGGCAGCCGAGCUGCGCCCGGCGCUGCUGGCGGCCGAAGGUGAGCCGUCGGUCUCUGCUACCCCAGAGGGUGUGACCGUGACGCUUCCUUGGCGAGCCGAGCCGUGGCCGUGUGACGCUGCCGCCGUGACGGCGCUCCGUGACGGCGUCACGUUACUGCGCCCCGGUCAGACACUGGAGGUGAUGGGACUCUACUUGGUACACCGGCUCAACAUCAGCCUGCUGCAGCUGAUGGUGGCCCGCGCCGGUCCGGAGGCCGCCGUACAGCUGACGGUAUCAGACAGUACCCCACCGGUGCCCAAACUUCUCCUGCGCCCGGUCUCUGACCCCACCGAGCUAGUGUCUCUCCUCGACUGGGUGAUACCCCUUGUGGCCGCCGAGAACUGUCUGUCGCUGCUGCCGCUACCGCAGCUGUGCCAGCGGCCGGCUGCCGAGCAGCUGGUGGCCUACAACGGGCGAGUGGUGCGGGCGGUGACACAGUACCUGGUGCAGUGCGGUGGUGACGAGGUGGUGCCCGGGCAGACGAUAGUGCCGGACUGAGGACUGACGGACCAGUGACUGACUUGGUGGCGCCUCAGGCGAUGUGGAUACGGCUGUGCGUAGCGGCGAGCAGCUUCGAGUGAGCGAGAUGGUUGGCGUCUUUGAUAUGAUUUUAAACUGUCACGCUGAUUCCAUGUUCCCUUUCAUAUCUGUUUCCCUUUCCGUGUAAUACACUGUGAAAUCGG